AUGGCCCGUCUUUCCGCCCUCGCUGGCGUCGCGCUGGCCCUGGUGCUGGGCAGUGGUGUUUCGGCUGCUGCUGGUGAGGAUUACACGGCGGCUUGCAAGCAGAUUGAGGGGAUCAUUUCGGGUGCUAGCGAGGUUGUUUAUCCCAUAAGCGUGGCCCGCUACACCUCCGCCCAAGCGCACUGGUUCUGGUCCUCCAGCCAACAAGCCGCCUGCGUAGUCGACGCCGGCUCAGCGGAAGACGUAUCGCGCGUCCUUCAGCUCAUCGCACGCACCCGCACCCCCUUUGCCGUCAUCUCGGGCGGGCACUCCACCAACAAAGGGUUCUCUAGCACGGAGGGUGUGCAUAUUAGGCUCAAGGGGCUGGAUCAGGUGGUGUUGGCGGGGGAUUUGAAGACGGUGGAGUUGGGGUUUGGACAACGGUGGACGGAUGUGUAUAGUGCGUUGCAGGACUCGGGGGUGAAUGUGGUGGGUGGACGGGUGCCGGGGCCUGGGGUCGGGGGGUUUAGUUUGGGUGGAGGGUUUUCGUGGAAAACUAACCAGCACGGCUUGACCACGGACACUAUCGAGUCGUUCAACGUUGUGCUGCCUAACGGCACCAUCACAACCGCCUCGGACGAGGUCAACCCCGACCUCUUUUUUGCCCUCCGCGGCGGCCUCAACCGUUUUGGCAUCGUCACCUCGGCUGUCUACCGCACUCAUCCUCAACCGGCCAAGGUUUGGGGCGGCCUCCGGGGUUACACAACCGAGCACAUCCCCGCCCUCCUCAACGCAACCAACCACUUCCUGCAAACCAACACCGACCCCCGGGCCCAAGUCAUCACGACCCUCGACUCCGACGCUUUGGGAGUCACCUCCCUAACCCUGCUCUUCUACGACGGCCCCAACGAGCCGACGGCCUUUGAGGCAUUUGAUGCGAUCCCCAGCUGGUUUGACACGGCGGCGCCCAAGACGUAUGUGGAGUUUGUGAAUAGUUUCCCCGCAAGGGUGGUGCAGAAUGUUAGGGGGACGUUUGGGUCGUUUUCGACGACGACUUUUACGGAGGGGUUUUUGGAGGCUGUUAAGGGGGAGUUGGAGCGCCUUGGGAAACUGUCGGCCUUGCACAGCGGAACGAUGGUCAGCAUCGAGCUGGAGCCGUUCAUGAAGUACGGCCAGUACGACGCCGGCGGUGCUUUUCCGCAUACUGAGUCUCUUCUUCCGCUCAACUACUACUUCGCCUGGACCAACCCCGCCGAGGACGACUUCUGGUACGACCAGCUGGCGCAGUCGACUGCCACGGUCAAAAAGGUGGCGGCCGCCGAGGGGAUCUACCAGGAGGACUUUCUGGAGUACAACAACUACGCCGUGGCCACCACGCCGUCGGAGAAGCUGUAUGGGGCCGAGAACCUGGCCAGGCUGCGGGCUAUUCGGGAUGUGUAUGACCCGGAGCGGGUGAUGGAUUUGACGGGGGGGUUUGAGAUUUGA